GCGCUGGUCUCACAAUCCACAUCUACGAAAUGGCUGCUAGCGAACGCGUUGUGCGUUUCUUUGGCGAGAUGACCAAGUCUUGGACUGUCGGCAAAGCUUUGGUUCAGUCAAGAAAGUUCAGACUGGGUGAAGAUCCGACCGACACCCCCGAUGUCAUGGUGCACUUCUGUCUCGUCAUCAACCACUUCGCACACAUGUCCAAAUACAACAGCGACAUCCACGACUCUCUGAUCGACUGGUUCAUCCUGUGGUUGGGAAACAACACAAACAAGGACUUCAACAAAGCUCUCAACACCUGCAUGUCCAAUGACAUAUUCGCCGAGGGCGGACUCAUCCGUGUCUGCGCCAAUGUCUUUGACAACCACAGAGAGGAGUUAUUCACUGCUCGCAAUCAGGCUCGUUUCAACCAGUGGCUCCAGCCACAGACCAAGGAAAGUGUCAAACACACCAUCCCCGGAGAUGUCUUGAGCUCCGACUUCACCGACUGGUGUGCCUACCAUCACCACGGCGAUGAAGAGGUCUGCUACCUGAAGAAGCCACAGUACUGAGUGAUGGAGCAUGCAUCUAGUAUAGGCAAACACAAGGCCUUUGAGAACAACAAGUAGCUGCAAGUAUUUGAGCAAAGGAGGAGUAGCGUUAAACAAAGGUUAGCGAGAUAUCAAUCGAAGCACAAGUACAGUCGCA